AUGUCUUUGGACUGUGGAAAGAAACCAGAGCUCCAGGAGGGGGACCCACGCAGACGCGGGGAGAACACGCAAACGCCACGCAGAAAGGCUCCUGGCCGCCCCGGCUGGAACUCGAACCCGGGGCCGUCUUGCUGUGAGGCGACAGCGCUACCCACUGCACCACUGAGCACCUCACUGAAGCAGCACCUCGAUAAGGCAGGCCCACCACUCUGUCCCCACCAAGGCAGGCCCGCCGCUCUGUCCCCACCAAGGCAGGCCCGCCGCUCUGUCCCCACCAAGGCAGGCCCGCCGCUCUGUCCUCACCAAGGCAGGCCCGCCGCUCUGUCCCCACCAAGGCAGGCCCGCCGCUCUGUCCACACCAAGGCAGGCCCGCCGCUCUGUCCCCACCAAGGCAGGCCCGCCGCUCUGUCCCCACCAAGGCAGGCCCGCCGCUCUGUCCCCACCAAGGCAGGCCCGCCGCUCUGUCCCCACCAAGGCAGGCCCGCCGCUCUGUCCCCACCAAGACAGGCCCGCCACUCUGUCCUCACCAAGGCAGGCCCGCCGCUCUGUCCCCACCAAGGCAGGCCCGCCGCUCUGUCCACACCAAGGCAGGCCCGCCGCUCUGUCCCCACCAAGGCAGGCCCGCCGCUCUGUCCCCACCAAGACAGGCCCGCCGCUCUGUCCUCACCAAGGCAGGCCCGCCGCUCUGUCCCCACCAAGGCAGGCCCGCCGCUCGGUCCCCACCAAGGCAGGCCCACCGCUCUGUACCCACCAAGACAGGCCUGCUGCUUUGUCCUCAGUUCUGGGACGGUAGCCCGUUUCAGCCCAAACUAG